AUGGGUUUCUUCAGAUGGGUGAACUUGUUCAUCAUCAUUUUGAGUUGCGUUUUAAUUGCAACGCAUGUCUUCUCAGAUUCAAAUGCAAUGCCAAACUUUUUGGAUUUAGCCAGGGAACCUCAAGUUUUUGAUUGGAUGGUUGAUAUCAGGAGGAAAAUUCAUGAAAAUCCAGAAGUGGGUUAUGAAGAAUUUGAAACCAGUAAGCUUAUAAGAGAAAAAUUGGAUGAAUUGGGUAUUCCUUACAAACAUCCAGUAGCAGUUACAGGUGUUGUUGGUUACAUAGGAACUGGUCUUCCUCCUUUUGUUGCUCUCAGAGCUGACAUGGAUGCUCUUCUUAUGCAGGAAUUGGUGGAAUGGGAGCAUAAGAGUAAAGUAGCUGGAAAGAUGCAUGCAUGUGGUCACGAUGCUCAUGUUGCUAUGCUUCUUGGUGCUGCAAAGAUCCUAAAAAACCAUGAAAAAUAUUUUAAUGGAACUUUUGUUCUUGUUUUUCAACCAGCAGAAGAAGGAGGUGGAGGGGCUCAGAAAGUUUUAGAUGCUGGAGUUUUAGAAAAUGUGUCUGCCAUAUUUGGAAUCCAUAUGCAUCCAAACCUACCUUUAGGUGAAGUGGCAUCUAGGUCUGGUCCUCUCUUUGCAGGUAGUGGCAAUUUCGAAGCAAUAAUAAGCGGCAAAGGAGGCCAUGCAGCUCUUCCUCAUAAUACUAUAGAUCCCACAUUGGCAGCUUCCAAUGUGAUUCUUAGCUUACAACAUAUCAUUUCUCGCGAAUCUGAUCCCCUUGACCCUCAGGUUUUGUCUGUAGCAAAGUUUCAAGGAGGUGCUGCGUUGAAUGUUAUUCCAGACUCUGUCAUAAUUGGUGGCACCUUUCGAGUUUUUUCAAGGAAAAGCUUCAUGCGAAUGAAACACCGCAUUGAACAGGUUAUCAUUGCACAAGCUGCUGUGUAUAGAUGCAAUGCAACAGUCACGUUCUUCGAUGAAGAGAAGCCUUUCUUCCCUCCAACUAUAAACGAUGCUGGCUUGCAUGACUUUUUUCAUAGUGUUGCCGGGAGUUUACUCGGGCACGAUAAAGUUAAAGGCAUAGAACUGAUAAUGGGAUCAGAAGACUUUGCACUCUAUCAAGAGGCUUUUCCUGGAUACAUCUACUUCCUAGGAAUGGAGGAUGUCUCAGUUGAACAUCUUGCUAUGGCACACUCACCUUAUUACAAGGUUAAUGAAGAUUCACUUCCUUAUGGCGCUGCGCUUCACGCCUCGUUAGCUGUGAAUUAUCUUGCCAAACUUCACCAAGGGGUAGCAGCAGUAGAGGAGAAAUAUCAUGACGAAUUAUAG